UGUAGCUAACUUCACUCUGUUUCCGCGUGUUGAUGCUGAAGAGAGGAUCGUGUAGAAACGAGUGUUUUUGCAGCGCAGAGAGUCAGAAGUAGAAGAAAAUGGACAUGAAGAAGAGGGUUUCUUUAGAGUUGAGGCACCGAUCUCCAGCGGAGGUGCAGGAGCUGGUCCUGGACAACUGCCGCUCCAGUGAGGGGAAGAUCGAAGGAAUCACAGAGGAGUUCUCCAACCUGGAGCUGCUCAGCCUCAUCAACGUCGGCCUGACCAGCGUAGCGGACAUCCCCAAACUGGACAAGCUCAAAAAGUUGGAGUUGAGUGAUAACAGGAUAUCAGGCGGUCUGGAGGUUCUGGCAGAACGGCUCGUCAAUCUGACGCACCUCAACUUGAGCGGCAACAAGUUUAAAGACAUCAGUACGCUGGAGCCGCUGAAGAAACUUCCUCAGCUGAAGAGUUUGGACCUGUUCAACUGCGAGGUGACCAACCUGGGCGACUACCGGGACUCCAUCUUCUCGCUGCUGCCUCAGCUCACCUACCUGGACGGCUACGACGCUGAUGACUGCGAGGCGUCCGACUCGGACGGCGAGGCCGACGCCGUCGAUGAUGAAGGAGAGUCGGAGGAGUUCUGGGAGGAGGAAGAGGACGAUGAAGAAGAUGUGGUGGCGGAAGAGGACGACGACGACAGCGGUGAUGAUGAGGAGGGGGCGGUGAACGGAGAGGUGGACAGCGAGGAAGAUGACGAGGAUGAUGAUGAAGAGGAUGACGAGGAAGAUGAAGACGAGGAUUCAUCUCCGGUAAAGGGAGAGAAGAGGAAGAGAGACCAGGAAGACGAAGAGGGUGAAGAUGAUGAUGAGUGAACCCUCCCAGUUUCCCAUCAGCCAACACCAGCUCUGCUUCCACUCCCACUGGGCUGCAUCCCAUCCGUUAAUCCUCCAAAACCAAAAUAACUUUCUCCUCCAUGCUUCACGUUUAUCUUUUAUCAACAAUCCGCUCAACCCCUCAGAUUCUUCCUACGUUUUUUUUGUAGAUUUCUUAUAAACUCAGGAAUAAAAUGUAAAAACAAAAAGUUAGAAGACAUUUAUAAACAUUUUCUUUCCUCUUAAAAUAUGGGAUUUCUUCCCUUUUAUUAUUUUUUGUCAUAUUUAUACAAUCGUCACUUUUUCAGGAGCUCAAAUGACCAGAUUUAAUUUUUAUCAGUUUAAUUUCUUUCUCUGAAUACAUCCGACUAUAUUUUACCAAGUUUGUAAUAUCUUCACAGAAAACACGAAAUCUAAUAUUUUCCUCUUCAAAACAUCUGCAGCCAUAAAAUAAAGUUGAUUUAACGUUUCGUUGGUCGAUUCCAUCAGAAGCGUUUGUGUGGUGAUGUAAAAUAAUAAUAUGUGAAAUGAUUAAAUUCAGGUCGGUGGAUGCAGGUUUUUUUAUUUUUGAGAUUUGAUUCUCGUUUUUUUCCCCCCCUUUGACCUUUGACCCGAUCUGUCGUCCCGGUUCCCCGCAGCCAGCUGCGCUCAGGGCAAACUGUGUUGUUUUGUUUGUGUUUUUUUGCCAGCAGAGCUUUUUAAAAAAUCUAUUUUUUCAGAGAAAGUUUUGUUUACUUUUGUAUGGCUGCCUCGAGGCGCCGUCUCUCUCUCUCUCUCUCCGUCUUUCUCUCCGUCUGCCUCGGUGUUCGUUUCCAGAGAGAUCCGUCACUGUCGCAGCGAAGCCAUGAGGUCGUUUGCUUGUUUUAUUUUUAUUACUUUCUGUAAGUUAAAAAUGAGAAAUCAUACAAAAGGACUCUGUAAAUAAAAUCUUAACAUUUUC